CUGUCAAAAUCGCUUGUUGCUUCCGACCCGAGCCUUAAAAGUAGUUAGCGAGCUAAGCGGAGUGAUACUUGCGUUACUUACUACGACAAAGCGGUAAAAGUUGGCUGCCAAAAGGGAAAAACAGCGAGAACUCUCCGAAGCCAUUAUUAUUAUUGUUAUUUAUUUAUUUUUUUACCCCGUCCUGGGUCCUGUUUCCAAACCGAAAUAGCGCUGUCGAGGAGCGGCGGCGGCGGUUGAAGUGCAGCUGGAUGUGACAGGUUCGUCAUCAGAUCGCUGACAGAAAGUGCCUUGCGAGACGACAUCCCUACUUGAAGAUCUCCGGGCGCGAAUCCCCGCGGUCGUGACAGGACGUAGCGCGGCCUGCAAAGACCCCCUGACCUUUUUGGUUUGUCCCUACCUGUGCUCUAGUGUGAAGAAACCGCAAGUGACGAGGUGGAGCUACUGCGCUGCUGGCCAAGGUGCCAAAACUCACAUAGAGUAGGUACUGAAGACUUUAAAACAACAGAAACUUUGUGUCGUCCUAAACUGUGCCAUUGCACCUGAAAAUAGCACCACGUUUUCUCCCCAACAUCCACCCCUGCACAGAUAUCAUCAGUCAUACAAAGGACAUUUUGGGGACACUGGUAUAACCGUUGAGCUUGGCUCCGAGCAUGCCCCCUCUGCCUUGUCAGAGGUCUGCACCCGACACUUACUGAUUGAUGAACAAUUACAUGUUUGACUGACAAACUCCACAACAGCAGUGCAGUCCCAUGCUCCGGUCACAGAGACUUUUCCACUCCAUUACCUCUACUAUCCUGUCCGCGAGGACAAACCUCAUCCACUGACCUGACGCAGAUCAUUUAUAGCUGUAUGUUCCAUCAGUUUUAGUUGUUGCGUGUUUUAUUUUUUAUUUUUUUUUACUGGAACGCUCUGAAUCAAGCCCUCAGAGGAUAGCCUCCUCCUUAAAACCAAGUGGCUCCACUCCACCCCAGCUCCACAGCCGGCGCUGCUGACAUGGCUCUAAACAUCGCCUCGAUACGGGACACAAAAUGGCUGACCCUGGAAGUGUGCCGGCAGUUUCAGAGAGGGACUUGUUCGCGCAGCGAUGAGGAAUGCAAAUUUGCCCAUCCACCCAAAAGCUGCCAGGUGGAGAACGGAAGGGUGAUCGCCUGUUUUGACUCAUUAAAGGGCCGCUGCACGCGAGAGAACUGCAAAUACCUCCACCCGCCCGCUCACCUGAAGACCCAGCUGGAGAUCAACGGGAGAAAUAACCUGAUCCAGCAGAAGACAGCGGCCGCCAUGUUGGCUCAACAGAUGCAGUUCAUGAUCCCCGGCACCACCAUGCAACCCGUGCAGACGUUUCCGGUGAGCCAGGGUCUGGGUUCCAGCGCAGGUUUGAGCUACACGCCGUACCUGACUCCCAUGUCCCACAGCAUGGGCCUGGUGCCCACAGACAUCCUGCCCAGCACGCCCGUCAUCGUCCCCGGCAGCCCGCCCGUCUCCGUGUCCGCCGGCUCUUCCUCCAACCAGAAACUGCUGCGUACCGACAAGCUGGAGGUGUGCCGCGAGUUCCAGCGGGGCAACUGCGCUCGCGGGGAGACCGACUGCCGCUUCGCCCACCCGAGCGACAGCCCGAUGAUCGACACCAGCGACAACACGGUCACCGUGUGCAUGGACUACAUCAAGAGCCGCUGCUCCCGCGAGAAGUGCAAGUACUUCCACCCACCGGCCCACCUGCAGGCCAAGAUUAAGGCCGCCCAACACCAGGCCAACCAGACAGCUGUGGCCGCGCAAGCCGCCGCCACGGCUGCAGCCAUGACUCAGUCGACUGCCAAAGCAAUGAAGCGACCCCUCGAGGCAACUGUAGACCUGGCGUUCCCCCACGGCGUCCUCCAGCCCCUACCAAAGAGACAAGCACUCGAGAAGAGCAACGGAGCGAGCUCCCUGUUCAACCCCAGUGUUUUGCACUACCAGCAGGCGCUGGCCAACGCACAGCUCCAGCAGCCCGCUUUCUUUCCCACAGGGUCAGUCUUGUGCAUGACACCUGCUAGCAGUCUUGUCCCAAUGAUGUACAGUGCUACGCCUGCUACUGUCUCUGCAGCAACAACUCCUGCCACAAGUGUCCCCUACGCAGCAACAGCACCAGCCAAUCAGAUCAUCCUGAAGUAAGCGUCAGGAAGGGAAUGGAGUGUCACGAAGCUGCACUAGGAAACCCAAAACAGCCCCUGUGUAAAUACUACCUUACCUCUCCCAUAGAGGUCCAGCAACCUGCAUGCUAAGAGUGUAACACUUCAAUUUAACCAUAAGAACUGCAGUGCCGGUGUAACACACACACACAAAAAAAAAGAUAUAUACUGUAUGUAUUGCUAGAAAAAAAACUAUUAACAUGAAAAAGUCAAAAAUAUUCUUAUGUAUAGUACUACAUACAUAGCAGACACACUAUAGAGGUCAUUUUAACACCUGUUCUCCCAAAGUACCGUGGAUCCCCUCUCUUUCAUAUUUAUUCUAAAAACCGCUGCACAACGUUCAUCCCUUUGGUUAGUAAAAAAAAAAAAAAAAGAGAUGCUUGAUUUGCACUAUGUGAGAACUAUAGUGCUCAAUGUCGAGGUGGAAAACAGGAAGAGUCAGAGAAAAAAACCCGUGCACAACCACACCAACGCACUCGGCGCUUUCAAGAGGGUCCUCGUCGUCUCGCGGUCUUUGCUUUCCCCCUCUACGAAGUUGAAUGUCCUCGGGGGCAGACUCGUGUGUUUUCUCAACGUGACUGUCCCCGCCCGAGGGUAUCUCAGAGACCCUCAUCUGCCCCAGAUGCUGUUAAAGAUGCCAUGAUGAAGCUAACCCUCCCCUCCUCCCUGCCAACCUUUCAUCUCCGGAAACAUCUUGCCAAAGUCGCAGCUUGGAAGAGGUCGGUGGAAUAAACCUGCCAAGACAGCAGAGCCACAUUUUUUCUCCUCACUCUUUUUUUUUUUUUUGCGAAAGCUGCUCAGAACGCACCCUUUAUUUGUUUCGGUGCUGGGUUCAGGAGCCGUGGGAUAGAUUGUGCACGGAUUUUUUUGCAUGUAGUCGGGACUGGGGAAGACAGUGCCCAGUGUUGACAGAAGAUAGUCGUGGCCAUUUACCGAAAAGCCUAAAGGCUCAGGUCUGUGCCAAGGGCUUAACAAAGCUUGAGGGUUCGUUCCAGACAUACCAAGCCUUGUGUGUGUGUGUGUGCAUGUGUGUUCGUAUCUGGAGACUGAUGGUCUGCCGGCAGACUGGGACUAAAAGCGAGGUCUAGCAGGUGAUGGCAACACCAGGCCUGGUAGGAGAGGUUUUCGGGGGGUGGGUGAGGGACUUAAGUGCUAAGACUAAACAAAAAACAAAAAAAACAACAAAAAAAGGUGCAUUUGACGAUGAUCGUCAAGCAAAAGAUGACUUGAACUUCGACUGGAGGGCUAUCUGUGACCGUCGGUUGUCCUGUCCAACCCUACUAUCACCGAUAAUCCUGUUCCAUUUUAGAAAAACUGUAGAAGUGCCUAAAAAAUGCUCAUCAACGACAACAACACAUGCAUCCAGAGUGUAUCACUAAAAGUCACAGAAACACUGGCUGUCAGAAGCUACAUGGACCUUUCGAGGGAAGACAUCACAUCCUGCGAAACCGCUACCGGAAAAACAGUCCUCCGGUAAGCGUUCAUCAAACAUCACAAGUGACUUUAUCGAUAACAAAAAGAAGUUAAAGAAACGACAAAUCAAAAAUAGCUUUGUAGAAUGUUUGGUGACUUUCACGGUGUACCAUCGUUUCUUACCAUGGUUUGAGUAGUUUACAUGAGGAACGUGAGUGAGAAAAAAAACUGUAUUGUAAACUGUGUAAUGUAUGUAAAGUGUCUCUUAUUUUGAGAGUUUAUAUUCACGGUUCUAGAAAUGUAUUCAAAGUUAUUUAAAAUUUGUGUUGUGUCUAUUAUCAAGGUAUGUUUGAACACCCCCAAACCUUCCACCCAUCUCCACCUCCACACAGAACAAUCAUUCGUCUUUUAGCCUGAGAUCAUAACUUGUUCUUAUUUCAGACCAACCCCUCUCUUUGUUUGGCGUGUUUUAACUCGACGAUUACUAAAUCUUAUUUUCCCCUUUUUUUUUUUCUUUUUCAAAAAGUUCUGAUGUAAUUUCAUGGUGCUUGAUUAACAUUGACAAUCCACAAUCAUACCUGUGGAGCCGGAGCGCUUCACUCUGGCUCCACAUUUUUGGUUCCACUCACUCUUGAUUGUCUCUUCACAUGCAUUUUGAUUUGUGUGUAAUAUUUGUGGACGGUGGUAAAAGUUCUAUUUUGUUGUAAUUUAUCUUAUGUCACUCUUGGUCAAAUUUUAGUCAAAAACAAUGUUGUUAACUAUUCUAUUUUGAAAUGAAUGUAAUUUAUUGAGCUGUGCUACAUUCUGCACGGUUGGUCAUUUCAAGGUCUAACCUGUCAGGUCAGCGUAUGAGAAGUCGCACACGUCUGAGGGGUGGGGGUUUAAAAGUCGACCCACCGACAGAAAGCUACUGGAUCUUUCUUGCCUUCUCAUUGAUAAAAAGAUCACGGUGUUGCAGUAAUGAGCAUAGUUAUAGAGUUGCUUGUGUUGUUGGGAAAAAAAAAUGUUUAUUGUAUAGAUGACAUUUUACCAAAAAAAGAGAAAAAAAUUUCAAAAAAGAUGUACUUUUCACUCUAGUAUAAUAGUAUUUCAUAACAAUAUUAAGUUGUUGCUGUGGCAACCAAACGUUGCGAUUACUAAAGUUCGGUAUUUUUGUAAAUGACAUUGUUAAGUUGAUUUUUUGUUUCUUUUUUUGCUAGAACACUGUACACAAGGUAGAUUGUAAAGAAGAUACGAACAUUUCUUAUUCUUCACUGAGAUUAUGACAAUGACCUAAUAUUUUCAUUAGCAAAUGACAGCCUCUAUAGAGCUGUGACUGUAACACUUAAAUAGAUUUAAAGUCAUCAAUGUUACAUAGAUUAUAUAUAAAUAUAUUAUAUAUAUAUAUAUAUAUAUAUAUAAGAACUAAAUAAUCUAUAAAUUAAUAAGUUCAGAUAUACAACUCUCUCCCCCCGACAAAGGACCUUUAGGUUCCACACCAAGACAUUUUAUUCGAGGCGUAUGUAUCACUAGAGUUAAGGAUUGCACUUUUUAUAUAUUGUUUAAAGAUGUGAUCUUUUUCAUUUCCUUUAAGGAUUUAGAGGUUUCUGCCCCCUCCGACACCCCCCCGACUAUCAAUCAGAAGCAGAUACUACCAGUUAAUAACUUCAAUUCAACAUGUUGCAUGAGAAAACAAUAUUUUCUUUUCUUACUAAAAUGAUAACGUACUGAAUGUUUCUAGUGACAAAAAAACAGAAGUCUGUACACAAAAUGUCCUCAUUUGGUGACCCCACAAUGCCCUUGUGUAUGGAGUCCUCAUGAGAUGUGAUGUUUUUUUUUAAAUGUGUUGGCAAUGAUUGACUGACGGUAAAAAAAGAAAAGAAAAAUGUAAGCACUUUCUGAGCAGUUGGUCAACUGAGCAGACUCAGCUUAUCCAAACACUUUGCCUUAUCUUGAGUCCAUCGUGCUUAAGGUUUUACGUUUUAAAGAGCUCUUAUGAAAUUUAUUCAGGAGACUCGGAGUCUCUGUUUUCUCGAACCCCUUUCUCAGUUUCAUUUCAAAUAUUGUAUCUUUAUAUCUGAAAUCAUUUUUUAAAAGGUUUUAACGGUUAAAGGCCAAAAGGGGGCGACUGCGACGGAGUGAACAGUCAUCGGUCUUUACCUCCAGUCUCCCAGAAUCUGUAGCGAGAUCUUUUUUUGUCCCAUUGCCUUCCAAUGGGACUGUUCGGAGCCCGUAAUUCACAGCUUUAGCCAGCAGAGCGCGCUACACCGGAGACUGCAGGUUCUGAAUUGUUGACUGCCUGUGCCAUCAUUGUUGCAGUGUGCCCCCACCAACAAAGUAAAGACAUAAAGAUAAAUUGACAAGAAGACCCUCAUCGGAUUUAUAGUUUCAAUGUAAUCAUUUUUAAAUGUAUUCUUUUUUUUUUUUUUUGCAUAUAUUUUGUGCUAUUUUAUGUUUCUAUAGUCAAAUGUUUCUUUGGUUCCAGCAAGAUAGUGUAAAAUCUAUUGAAAGAAAGAAAUAAAGAAAAUCAAAUGAA